AUGGCAGAUUACAUAGCAACUAGUGCACUUGGUCUCCUCACAAAUCGAUUCGCUUAUCAUUCUGGACCUCUGGAUGCGAAACUGGAGCUGACAGCAUUUUGGGCACCAUUUCUCCUAUUGCACUUGGGUGGGCCUGACACAAUCACGGCCUAUUCUUUGGAGGACAACCAAUUAUGGUCGAGGCACUUGCUUCAAUUGGUUGGCCAGACAGGACUUGCAUUUUACAUCCUCUUUGCAGGGUGGACAGGGUCCCUUCUUUCAUUUCUAACAAUUCCAAUAAUGUUGGCAGGGCUCAUCAAGUAUGGAGAAAGAACAUGGGUUAUGUGGUCUGCAAACCGUGAGCAUCAUAGUGUAUCAACGUCCCGUUUUCAUAAUAAGUUGCAAGCUCAGACUGAUGAUGGAGAUUAUUCUAAUAUUUCGGAUGACAAAUUACUUCAACUCGCCCAUGGAAUGUUCGACAAGGCGAAGCUUCUCUUUGCAGGUGUUCCAAUAACUACAACAGAACAGUCUGCUUUGGCCAACCACCAAGAAGCUGCUAUCACAACCCUUCUGCAAACUCCUAAAGAUGCUUUUAAGGUAAUUGAAAUGCAGCUUGGAUUUAUGUAUGACAUGCUCUAUACAAAGGCACUCGUGACCUACACCCCCUGUGGCGUUGGCUUGCGAUUCAUCAGUUUUCUUCUCACCAGCAUUGUGCUGGUGUUAUUUUCUUUGGAACCUAACAACACACAAACGUACUCAAAGGUGGAUCUUUACAUAACUUUCUUAAUUCUUGCUGUGGCCAUUCUUUUAGAGCUUUAUGCGACCCUUGUAUUGCUAUUGUCUGACCAUACUGUUGUCUGGUUAAGAAAACAUAACUGUAGUAACAUCUCACUAGCCAUUACUUCUCACCCACUUCUUAGAAACCCUAGAUGGUCGAAUUCCAUGGGUCAAUGCAGUUUUCUUAGCCACGUCCUCAAUGAAAAACCCAUUGAUUUCCAUGGAAUACAGAAGUUCUUAAAAGUCUAUGAAAAGCUAGCAAGACGACGGCAUGCAGCUUCUCGCCAAGUCUCGGAGGAUUUGAAAGAAAAUUUAGUCAUGCAGGCCAAGAUUUUUUGGGAUCGCUCCGAAGAAGCGAUAAAGGGCAAUGUACCCACCAUUUCAAUCAAUAGUAUUAGAGGAUUUAUAACGUUGCGAGGUCUGCGCCUGAGUCCUGUUGAUCACCGUAUAAUUGACACGUUAACUUCUGCCAUAGAGUUUCAGCAAACCAUCCUUGUUUGGCACAUUGCUACAGAACUCUGCUAUCACCGAGAUCACGACCAUUUUUCCCAAAAGAAAGAAGAAAAAAACGCGGCUCUACAGAAUAUGAUGUUGUUACAUUAA